AUGACAAGGUUCUUGGUCCCACGCGCUGCUGACAGCGUCAUCGGCGGCGCGGAUCCCACCAAGUUCGAGACGUCCAACCCUCUCAGACUCUUCAUUAUCCAAGCCGCCAUCAUCAUCAUCGUCACCCGCGUCCUCGGCUUUGUUCUUCAAAAGCUUCGUCAGCCACGUGUCAUUGCAGAGGUCAUCGGCGGCAUCUUGCUCGGCCCCACCGCCAUGGGCCGCAUUCCUGGCUUCACGCAGCACAUCUUUCCUUCGCCGUCCCUUCCGUACCUCAACCUGGUUUCCACCCUCGGUCUCGUGCUUUUCCUCUUCCUCGUCGGUCUCGAAGUCGAUGUCCGAGUCAUUCGUCGCUGCGCCAAGGAGUCGACAGCUAUCAGUCUCGCAGGGAUGGUGCUCCCUUUCGGCAUGGGCGCUGCUGUGUCCGUCGGCAUCUACAACACGUUCAUCGACAAGAACAACGUCUCAUUCGGCCACUUUAUCCUCUUCACCGGCGUCGCCAUGGCCAUCACCGCAUUUCCCGUGCUGGCGCGUAUCCUGACUGAAACCAAGCUCUUGUACACCAAGGUCGGCGUCAUUGUCCUCGCCGCAGGUGUCGGGAACGACGUGGUCGGCUGGAUUCUUCUUGCUCUGACGGUAGCCUUGGUCAACGCCGACACCGGUCUCACCGCCCUGUACAUUCUCCUGUGCGCUGUCGGCUGGGUCCUCAUCCUCUUCUUCCUCAUCAAGCCCGCAUUCAUCUGGCUCGCUCGUCGAACCGGAAGCUUCGAGAACGGGCCGAAUCAGGUCAUGAUCAUGAUCACACUUCUGCUCGUUCUCGUCAGUGCUUGGAUCACCGACAUUAUUGGCGUACAUCCAAUCUUUGGUUCGUUCCUCGUCGGUCUCAUGAUCCCACACGAGGGCGGCUACGCCAUUGCGCUCACCGAAAAGAUGGAGGACCUGGUUCUCGUCAUCUUCCUCCCCAUCUAUUUUGCGCUCUCUGGUCUCAAGACCAACCUGGGUGACCUCAACUCGGGCAAAGCCUGGGCAUACACGGUGGCCAUCAUCGUCAUUGCCUUUUUCUCCAAGUUCAUCGGCUGUGCCGCUGCGGCCAAGGCGUUUGGCUUCAACUUGCGCGAGUCGGCCGCUGUAGGCACUCUCAUGUCGUGCAAAGGUCUCGUCGAGCUCAUCGUGCUGAACAUUGGUCUCUCGGCUGGUAUCCUCGACACGCGCGUAUUUUCCAUGUUUGUGCUCAUGGCUGUCGUGUCGACGGUGAUCACCACGCCACUCACGCUAUGGAUCUACCCAGAGAGCCAUCGCACCCGUCUCGACGACACUUCGGUUCACUCGCAUCACGGUGGUAAGACCGCUUCCGGGGAGGAAGAGGAUGACCACGACGUCAGCUCGCGUUUGUCUCCGAAGCGUCUACUCGUGGUUCUCAGCAGCUUCGAGCACCUCCCCGGACUCAUGACCCUGGUGCAGCUCAUGCAACCUACCUUGGCCGCUGCAAACAACGACGCCGCUGCAUCCAACGGACUGCGCCAUCGUCGAUCCAAGCAGACCUCGUCAGGUUCUGAGGCCGAAGCAGCCGAAAAGUCGAUCGAGACCGGCGACGAGGACGACCCGUCCGUCAGCGGUGCCGAGUACCAGACGCCCGUCUUGGCUUCGGAGGCGCCGUUCGCAUCUGCCGCGCUCGCAGGACGCUCGCAGGCCCAGAUCAGCAUCGAUGCGCUGCGACUUGUCGAGCUCACCGACCGAACGUCGGCCGUGAUGAAGGUGUCAGAGUCCGAAGACACGAUGCGCGCCGACCCCAUCAUCAACGUGUUUCAGACGUUUGCUCACCUCAACGGCCUGCCCGUCCAGUCGACCAUGUCUGUCAUCCCGCAGGAAGAGUUUGCCACAGCGGUGACGCGUCGUUGCAGAGCUGCCGGAUCCAACUUUAUCAUUUUGCCGAUGACUCUGGCGCAGGCUCCUGCCAGUGGAGGCGGGACUGGUGCUGGAGCUCCGGAUGGUGCUGUCGCUGGUCCCUCGUCUCCUUUGGCUGCGACGCUAGCCAAUCCACUCGAGAGUCUGUUCAGCGUUGGGUGGGCGUCGGCUCCUUCCGAAAGUCUCAAGGGACGAUACUCGACGCAGCACUUCAACGUGGUCCGCAAGAUCAUCCAGACGGCCGAGACCGAUGUCGGAUUGCUGAUCGAACACAAAGCCGCGCCGUCGGGCCGGGAGAGCCACGGCAGCGCCCAGAUCUUCUCACGCGUCGGAUCGCAGCCGAUCCUGCUGGCCUUCAUGGGCGGACCGGACGAUCGAGCUGCGCUCGACCUGGUGGCUCGACUGUGUGCCAACAACCGCCACCUCUCGGUGCUCGUGGUGCGCAUGACGCGCAUCUCUUCCGAAGAAGCAGGCGAAGAUCAGCUGCCCACCGUGCCGCCCACGGUGCACCACGAGAUCAGCCUGAACUAUGCUCAACAAGCAGCGCUCCGAGCAGGUGGAAGCAAUAUGGACACUAUCUACCCCACGCAGCAUUCGGGCGCGCGCUCCGGCGAACCCCUGCAAUCGGCGCUCGAAGCGACGCUGGAAGACGAUCUCGCGCUGCAACGCGUGCAAGACCAGAUCGCGUCGGAUCGCUUCAGCGGUCGACUCACCAUCGAGGACGUCUCGACGGCUCGACCGCUGCGCCAACUCAUCGAGUUGACGCGGAAGCAUCGGCCCGCCAUGGUGGUCGUCGGUAGGGGAAGGAGGAAUCCGACACAGACGCAUCGGGAUGAGCUCAAGGCGUUGAUUGCACAGCGCAACGGAGGUGGGGAUGCGGUGGAGAGGCAGUUGAACAGUGAGAUGACAAAGGUGAUUGGGGAGGCGGCGACGAGUUUGAGUUUCGGGGAUGUGGGGAGUACGUUGGUGAUCGCUGCCGGGUUUAGGGCUGGUAGGAGGUCGUAA